AUGGGUAUGACUGGGGCCGGCAAAUCGACUUUCAUCGAGCAUUGUACCAAUUCUCUAGAACGCCUUUCUGGACAUACACUCGCAUCAUGUACAAGUCAGGUAUCGAUACACACCACUAGCGUACUCGGGAAGACUAUCCAUCUGAUAGACACGCCCGGCUUCAACGAUAGUCGGCGAUCCGAUGGAGAAACGUUACAGGAACUGGCAUACUGGUUAGCAGCCGCUUACGAAAGAAAGAUCAAACUCAGCGGAAUAAUUUACCUCCAUUGCAUCACAGACAACCGCUUACAAGGCUCUGCGGUGCGUGCACUGAGUUCCUUUAAGAGCAUGUGCGGAGAAGAAGCAUUCGGUGGAGUAGUCGUGGCAACUACCAUGUGGGAUAGAGCUACCAGAGACGAGCUCGUUAAAGCCGAACUGCGACAUGAGGAACUCCGCGAGAAGAUCCAGGAUGUUAUACAGCACGGCGGUAAACUAGUCAGGCUAUCAGCUGUAGAGAUAGAUGCAGGGAAAAUACUUCAACAUAUCGUAGGGAAAAGUAGAAGGCUGACACUGGCGUUUCAGCGAGAGUUGGUAGAUGAGAAUCGGCUCAUCCAUGAGACGAGGGCCGGUCAAGUCUUAUUUGAGGAUUUGACAGAAUCAUUCGAGACACUGCAGGCCAAAGUAGACGAUGCGCGUGGCAGGUUAGCCAGUAUGGCUUAUUGUUCCCGGAGAGACGAGUUGCAGGAUCUUGAAGAUGCGAUUACCGAGAUGGCUGGGAAUGUGCGAUUCGUGGACGAGGACAUUGAGCGUACGAAAUUGAACCUCAGCGAUAUCCGUAAGGUAUGGGAGAACAAUCUUGCACGAGAUGAUGAGACUAUUCUGGCAAGCGCGCAACGUAUCGAGCGACAAUUAGAGACCGAGCGCGGUCAGCAAGAAGUCAGAAGUGCCGCCCAUACCGCUUCAACCGAAGACGGCUACGAAGCCUCAAGUAUUGGCAAUUAUUCAGCAAAUACACUGCAUACCUCGCAAACAUACAUGUCGCUCAGAUUAACAGAGCUGGAAAAAGAACGAGACGCGCUUACGCAUCAAAUGGGCCAAAGACUGAACAGACGAUACACGGCUCAUGGAAGAGGGGCUACGAGGAUAGGAGUCAUAGGCGCCGGCCUAGCUGUAGGCCAACUCAUCGCAGCAAUCGCGUGCACGGUGAUGUGA